AUGGCCACACCUAACCGGCGGCCCGCGCCCGCUGCGCUGCCGCCGCAGCCGCAGCCGCAGCCGCAGCCUCCGCCGGCAGCACCGCCGCCACCGCGCAAAAUCGAAGCGGCCGGGGAUGCAGCCAGAGGGCGCUAUAAACACCACCACGUGCGCAGGGUUAACGACCUCGUUUUACGGACCGAGACUCGAACCGGCGCCGAGGAUAACGAUCAGCGCGCCGUGGCCGCCGCGUCUCCGCGGGAAGUCGGUCAGCGCGCCACCGUAAUGAUCUGGGCCGGCAGUGCGCCGUCGCGCGUUCCUGACCCCACGCACGACGCGCGACGCGCGCGCCCUUUGCUACGAGCGAGCCCGCCUUCAAAGAGAGCGCCCACAGGCGGACAGUUCGCGCGCUCUCGCAACUCGACGCCGGGACGUAGCUUCUCGUCGCAACGCGAAUACGAAUAA